AUGCAAAACUCAGAGACAAGUGGAAUUGCUUCCGUUCCAGCAGAAGAAUCCCAGAGUAGCUGGUUUUCUGGGAUUCUUGGAACAAUACUAAGAGUAAUUUUUUUUCAGAUUGUAAUGAAUUAUUUUAUGGGUGGGCAGAAGAAUGGUGUAAUUAAUAAAACUACUGGGGAGUUGAUAAAACCACUUCGUAACUAUUACAUGCCAGGAAAUAUUUACGAUCUAUAUGCCCAUAUAGUUUUUGGAAAUGAAGAAUAUAUUUCAAGCCUGAGAUUUGAAGACUUAAACGAAUCAUCUAUUUUAUUGGAAAUAGCUAACUUUACUUCAAAUAUAAAAUCUAUCAUUGAAGUAUGGAACGUUAGAAAUCUUAUUUAUGAUAAUUCUGAUAUUAAUCUUUCGAAAAAUAUUUCGCUUAGUCUUCCACCAGAACUUUUUAAAUAUGAUAUUGAAGAUGCAUCGAACGUUUACAAUGAUAUUAGUGCUUUUCUAAUUGUUUCAUUAGUAGGCAAAGAAAAAAAUGAUUUCAUUCCUACAAAUUAUGUUGAACUUACUAAAACAAUGAGUAAACUAAGCGAUGAAGAUUCUCUUAUAAGCUUAUUGGACUCCAACGAUCAAAAAGAUGUUAUUAAUCACCAAGAUAAGAAAGUAAAAUAUUGGAAAGAUAAUAUUAAUAUUCGCGUUGUAUACGACAACCAAAAUUACAAUAUUAAUCAAAGUAACGUGCCACCUUUAUCAUUUAUGAAAUAUAAUAUUGCUGAAGGUAUCUACUUACCCAUAAUCUAUCCUUCGGACUUCUGGUGUAUUGAACGUAACUUUAACAUGCUGAAUGAUACAUCUAUUAACCAAGUUUUCAAUUUAACUCUAACAUUCAAUACGUUUUCACUAUUUAAAUAUACUAUUCAGAGGCAAAUGAUGGACACGUGGGAACUUCAAAGCAGGUACGGCCUUGGACAGAGUCAAAAAGACAUUAUGAUGAUUAAGAGGAUACUGGUGGAAACUAACAAAUAUUACCUAAUUUUUAGCUUGAUUUUUUUUAUUCUCCACUCGUCUUUCCAAAUGCUUGCGUUUAAAAAUGAUAUUAGUUUUUGGAGUAAAAAUGAAUCAAUGUACGGUUUGAGUGGACUUUCAAUACUUGCAUCAUUUAUUUCAGAAUUAGUGAUUGGCCUUUACUUAUUUGAUUCGAACGAAACGAGUUGGAUAUUGCUCAUUGAAAUCUUUAUUGGUAUUGCAAUCUCUGCUUGGAAGUUAUGGAAAACAAAGAUAUUUUUAUUUAAUAAAAGAUUUCCUUUUGUCUCAAUUAAAGAUGACUCUGGUAUUUAUUUAGAUCCUUCUGAUGAAGGUACCAAAGCAAAACUGGAACAAGAAAAACUUUCGAGACAAUAUGAUUCAAUUGCAAUAAAAUACAUGUCAAUUUUACUUACUCCUUGUAUUUUUGGGUAUGGGAUAUAUUCACUAAAAUAUUAUAAAUACAAAGGUUGGUAUUCUUUUAUCAUUUCUACAUUAGCAGGUACAGUUUAUACUUUUGGUUUUAUAAUGAUGACACCCCAACUUUAUAUAAAUUAUAAACUAAAAUCGGUGGAUCAUUUGCCUUGGAGAUUUCUCGUAUAUAAAGCAUUGAAUACUUUUAUCGAUGAUAUUUUUUCGUUUAUUAUAGAUAUGCCAUGGAUGCACAGAAUGGCAUGCUUCAGAGAUGACAUAAUAUUUAUUAUAUACAUAUAUCAAAGAUGGAUUUAUCGUUCAAAAAAAGAUAAGCAGAGUGAAACUCAAAAUAUUGAGAAAAUCAAUACAGACGAAGAUUUCGGGGAAAAUCACGAUAGAUCCAGUGUAAAAUCUAAUAAUAUCAACUAUUUGAGUAAAAAAAGUAAAAUAGAAUAA